AUGAUCCCGAGGAACGAGAGCACAAUCGCCUGGGGCCCUUUUCGCGAGGAUAAGGGCAAGCAGGACCUGUCCUAUGGCAUGCGCGUCUACGACGAGGCUCGUCGCAAGUUCCUCAAGAACCCGACGACUCUUCAGCAUCUGGGAGACAACCUUCCCACGUACACCCGGCUCUGGGGCCUCGUCGACCGCUGGAUUGAGCUCACCACGGAUGGCAACCCUGUCCUUAUUCUCGACAACGGCUGGGCCGCCCUCGACGCCGGCAUCGGCCGCACGCCUCUCCCUUUCUCCACGGCCUACUAUCUCAUCUCCGCCUGUUCAGACUACAUGAAGUCUCGUAAUGGCCAGUUGAAUCAUGACAAGAUGAACGAAGACGAGAAGCUAGAUACCAUCCUGACACCUGGUCUCAAGAAGCUGAGCUUACAGGUCGAGGACCUACUCGCCCGGGAGAACUUGCAGCUUGCGAAGCGCGUUCGGCAGCUUGAAGGCGAGAACGAAAUCAUGCGGCCAGAGCUCAACGGCCUUAGGGAGGCCAACAUGAAGCGCCGACAGCAGCGUCGUAAUUUCUGGAUGAACGAGGUUAUCGACUAUAACUCUCGUCAGCGGGAGCAAAAAAAGGAGACAUUCCCCAUGGAAAGUCUGUAUGGUUUUCUGCGAUGGAUCGAGAAGAAGGAGACUGUGGGACUCUAA